AUGCCCCCCACGGAUCUCACGCGAGUCGUUAUUCAUCGAAUCUUCAGCAAGGAACACUCGUUAAUCCUCAGAGGCGAUGGACUGCGAUGGAUUCAAGAUUUCCUGUCUCACUACCGCGUCGCGCCUGCCGAUCUCGAAGAUACACUCAACGUUUUGGCGAAUGAGUGCGAAGGUUACGUUUCAGCCCGGGACAUCUCAACGGUUAUCGAUCAGAAUGUACUUCAGAAGGUUUACGAAAAAAUUUCGAUGACUGCAGCACAGCCACAAGAAGCCGCUGAAGAUCCUGAUCAACCUGCAAGCAGCCACCUUUUCGAGCUGCAAACAUUGAAAGUCAUCGACGCAUUUGCCAUUCCUCGACUGAGAUGGUCUGAGGAGCGUAAGGUAUUCGAGGAGCCGACGGGAGAAGGCUCAAAACCUUCCUUGCUCGGCCAACCUAAUAGUAAAAUCUCCUACCUCAGAGACCGCUAUCACACUAUCCGACAGGUGAUUUUUCGAAAUGAGCAUUUCUCCCCUCCAGCUGUCGCCGGUGCUUUGGGAGAAGCAGAACGCGAGGAAUACAUGAAGUUGACCAGCAGCAACAACCUACUUGGGCGCGCAGGGCAAAGAUUUUUACUGUUCGGAAGGAUAAGUCGCAUGAAGGAUCAAUCUUACUGUCUUGAGGACUUGGAAGGGUGGGUAAAACUGGACUUGUCUAUUGCUUCGGCUACUGAAGGGCUGUUCACCGAAGGCUGUUUGGUAUUGGCCGAAGGAGAGUAUCAAUCGAAUGAAACAUUCAAGGUUUUGGAGAUUGGUCAUCCUCCAUCGGAACAACGAGCAGCUACAAGAAAACUCUUUGCAAACGUCGAUUUUUCUGGUGCCGGACCACUUUCCCUGGCCGAAGAAACGCGUUUGAAAAAACGUGAGCAGAACAGCGAUUCCCAAUUUAUAGUAAUGUCCGAUGUCCACCUCGAUAACCCAAACGUGCUGGCUAACUUGGAACAAAUAUUACAAGGAUACCAAGAUGUCUUAAUCGAGUCGAAUGAUGCCGUUCGUCCACCUGCCUUGUGGAUUCUCUGCGGCAAUUUUUCUCAAAAACCGUUCAUAUUCGAUGGGCCUACUAUUGGCUUUUACCAAAGUUUAUUCACGAAGUUAGCAGCCAGCUUCUCCAAGUUCCCACUCGUCACUCAACAUAUAAACAUCAUCUUUGUUCCCGGCCCAAAUGACCCCUGGGACUCAACGAUGCUCCCUCGCCAGGCUCUCCCGGCAACAAUUGUCAAACCUUUAUUACACUCUACUAGCCAUAUUCCACCAAAUCAUUUGCAUUUUGCUUCCAACCCUUGCCGAAUCAGAUGGAUGUCUCAAGAAAUCGUCAUCUUUCGAGAGAACCUAGCUAGUAAAAUGUGUCGGAAUGUCAUUGAAGCACUUAAAGAUCCAACGGUAGCGGCCGAUGAGGAAGAUAUAGACAUAACCAAAUUCCUGGUUCAAACCAUUCUAGAUCAAGCUCAUCUGUCGCCCUUUCCUAUUAAUGCCAGUCCGGUAAUCUGGGAGCAUGACCAAGCAUUAAGGCUAUACCCUAUGCCUACAGCGUUGGUGUUGGCGGACAGCUACCCGGCCUACACUCUCACAUAUGAAGGCUGUCAUGUAUUUAAUCCAGGAAGUUUCGGUAUAGGGUCUCGACCUGUAUGGGCCAACUAUCACGUCGCAACCGGGACCAGCGAACAGAGUGAACUAUCAUUAUGA